GGGCUCGUUUAUUUAAAUGGACAUACACAUAUCAAGGGCCUUCUUUCAGAGUCCCUGGGACAAUAUUUCUUAUUUUACCAUCUGGCAGGACAAACCCGCCCCUUGUCACCUUAUUGCUCUAUAUAAGACAGCGAAAGGGCCAGAUGAUAAGAACUUGGUCUCAAGACAAGCCUGGCCAUGCAGUGUAAAGUCCUCGUCUAUGUCGUCCUUCUGACUCUCAUAAAGCAUGUAUCUCCAAGUGAAAUACAGGCCAGCCCGAAUACAAAUGCAACUCUUCCCUGCAAUGUGACGUUCCCUCUUUCUGCAAAGGGGGACAAAAUGGACAAGUCUCUCAUCAAAGCCAGCUGGAUAAAUAAUGGCUCUGACAUUGCCUCAUUCAGAGAAGCGGCAACUCAAAUAAAGGAAGGCUUCAGUUGGGACACCACUGGUUUCAUCAACGGGGACUUUUCACUGACUGUCCUCAGAGCUGGUCUCGACCUGCAGGGGCAGUAUGAAUGCACCAUCAGCUACAACUCCACAAUGCUGCAUUCCAGCAACGUUACACUCCGUAUCCUCGCUUCCCCCACUCUUUCCAUCCCUCAGCAGUGGGUGGUGUUAGAAACUGAGAGCCACUUUACAUGCCAUGCAGAUGGUUUCCACCCUCCUCCUGUCUCUUUCUCCUGGACCAGAGAUGGUCAAAUGAUACAACCUCCUUACCACAUUGAAGGUGAACAGACUCCAGAUGGGUAUUACAAGGCUGUGGGCAACCUGACCUUCUACCCUUCCCGCGAGGACCAGAACGUGACCUUUGGCUGCAAAGUGUCACACAAUGGCAGCUAUCAAGAGCUGGAUUUCCAACUCAAUAUUACCUACCUUCCUUCUGUUACACUUUCUGCAGUACUCUCCCACUCCAACAACAUUCCACUCACUCUUUACUGUGAUGUAGAGAGUUUCUACCCAGAGGAAAUCUCUGUGUCUUGGCUUCAAAACAGCACAGUCCUCCCUGAGCCCCCCGCCACUGAACUGAACCCAGAUGGGACAUACAGAACUAGGCACUACUAUACUUUGAGCCCUGAGCAGAGGGAGCAAGGUGGGAAGGUGGAAUGUGCAGUAAACCAACCUGGGGUAGUGCACCCUGUCAGUGGCUCAGCAUACCUCGAGAAACUAGACCCUCAAGCUGAAGCUCCAGUGUUGACUAAAUCAGCCAAAGCAUCUGUGGCUCUGAUGUGUAUUUCUCUGGUGCUGGUCGUCCUGCUCUGCUUUGGCGUUUCUUGGAGAAGAAGGGAUGAGAAAAAGAAGUCUCUGAAUGUGUCAGGGAUCAUUCUCCCUCCACGCGUGAUUGUUGGUCAAAAGGGCAGGGUGACAAUGAGCAUUGAGGGCCGGAGGGUGGACCGAGUCCAGACAGCAUGGUUCCUCAAUGACACCCCUAUCUCUGACACUUCACUCACAGGAACCUCCAAAACUAACUUCAACUGCCUCUAUAACCCCCUAACCACCAUCCAUCUCCCCUAUGGUCUAACUCUCACCUCCCCAGCGUCAGAGAAAGGCCCUCUGCUCCCCUCCAAAGGCGAGAUGGGUUACUACAAGCUGCACACUCUGGGGCCGCUGUACUCAUCUGGGAGUGGCACUCAACAGCUGAUCUCCUCACUCACCUUCAUCCCCCAGAUUUCGAUCCACAAGGGAGCGGUGUUAAAGUGUCAGGUGUCCUACAUGGGCAAAGAUAAGAUCGUGGUGGAGAGGGUGUCAGAGAAGUUUACAAUCCUGUCUGCUCCAGAAGUAUCAGAAAUCCAGCUGGCAGAGACACCUGGUGACUCUGAUGUCAUUAGCAUGACUGUCCAGGCGUCACAUUUCCAUCCGGACAUCAUUACCUUCCGCUGGUUCUGCCAGGGGAGUGAGCUGAGCCCAGUCGCCUCCCAGGCCUCGUCCUCCCCUAGACCCAAUUCUGAAGGAGUCUUUUCAGCCUUCAGCCAGUGUAAACUGCCUCGGAGUGAACUGGAAAAGGAAGGCACUAAAGUGUGGGUCAGUGUUCACCACAUCGCCCUGAAGCAGCCAGUCACCCGCGAGACUAGGGGGUUCAUCAAGAGUCCGUGUGUGUCCGAAAUCAUCGGAUCCACUUCUUCCCCAGAGAAGACUUUGAUCCUUGGAUGCGAAAUCACAGAUUUCUAUCCCCCGAACGUGUCAGUCACCUGGCUGAAGCUCAGGGGAGGAGAGCAAGAUGAUAGAGAGGAGGAGGUGAUAGUGGGAGGAGAGAUGUGGGGCCCCAUACAGACUCAAUCCAGACUCUACAGGGCCACAGCCACUCUGAGGAGAAGGCCAACAAAUCAGGAGAAAAAGGAGAGAGGAGGGGGGAUUAUUUGUAGAGUCGAGCACUGUUCCCUACUCGAGCCUAUUGAGAAACACUGGAGAAAUGUUGACGUUGGCGGAAGAGGGGUCGAUGAGGAACAGCCUCUUGCGACAUCCUCUCUGCUUAGCUCAUCUCGGCCACUUGUUGCCGGGGAAGUUUGCACCACAGAAAUCAACUUAAGGCCUGAUGAAGAAAGCGUGCAGUACACAAUCCAGCCGAACAGAAUUGGUGAGAGCAAAGCAACUGAGGAAGGUCAGGGCACAAGAGAGGAGCAGUUUGCCCAAGCGAGAAAUGACGAUGAUGGGCUGCUGGUUGCAAAGGAAGACAAACAAGAAGACAAACAAGAAGACAAUGGAGAUCAUAAAUUGUCCAGACAAGAUGAGACGCCGGAGAAUGAACAUACAAACACCAGGUCGCAAAGACUUACAGGUGAUGCAAUGUGUGAAGACAUGGAGGAAAGUGGAAGAAAUGCUGGUGCUGAGGAGGUGUCAAUGACAGUACAUGAUCAUCAAAAAAUGGAUGAAACCAUCCCAGUGAAGGAAGAAGAUGAUGAAAUGCAGCAUGAUCAUAAACCAGAUUUGGGGGCGGAAGACAUUGAGGUGGAACUCUGCACAAUCAAAGAUUUGAGUAUAAAAGAAGAGGAUGACAUGCACAUUGAAGAGGCAAAGUUGCAGAGGAAUGAGGCAGAUACAACGGUGACGCAUGAGGAAGUAGAAUACAUUGAUAGUGUGCAACAGCUGGGCUCUCAAAAUGAGAAAAAGUCUGAAGCAGCAAAACAAGUUGAAAAUCAGCUGUCGCUCUGUAAAGAGUUGUCAGACGAUGGUAGAGAUUUUCGGGGAGACCCGGGCUUUACUUCACUGCAUGUUGAAUUACAGACAACCUAUGACAAAAGUGGCAUUGUUUCUGAGGAGGAAGUAAUUGUUGUCAAGCAAGAGCAUCUGAUGGAGGAUGAGGGUGCUGUCAUUGAGGAAGAAAAUAGCAAUGAUGCUGCAACCAACCAGACAAAAGAUGAAGCGCCAGAGCAGGAAGGCGACAUCAGAACAGUUACAGAAGACAGACAAGAAGAACAAAAUGUAAUUGAACAUGAAGUCACACAGAAUGCUAAAACAGAGCCCCACACAGCUGAAUUUGCAGAUGGAGAACAAGAGGAUGUGGCUAAGGAUGGCAAAGUGCAAACUACAACGAGAGAGGCUGAUGUUGAGACAGAAAGUUGUGGCACCGUGAUCGAAGAAAACUCUGAUGUCACAGCGGCUCACAUUUCCAUAGAGGAGAGGCUUUCCAGCGAAGUCCGUAACAAAGAAAAUAUCAUGGAACUAGGAUGUAUGACCACCUCAGCUACAAACAAAACUGAAGGCGAGGCUGGACAGGAAAUGACUGAAAAGCUUAAAAAUCUUCCCCUGGGGUUAUGUGAAGGCCGGGUUGCUGUGUCGCCAGAGCUAAACUCUCCAACAUGUGAGGAAACACAAGAGGGAGUUCCUGAAUACAACAAUGAGCCUAGUCCUGGGGAUAACGCAACACAAAGGUUCCUGGAAGAAGGAGAUUGCGAGGAAAUCCAGGGAAGCCAAUUACCAGAAGAGGUGGAGAGCAAAGAGCCAGAGAGCCUUCAAAACAGUGCCUUUAGCACCGGAGACUAUUUACUAGUGAGGGAGCAUAUGGAAGAGAAACAAGAAAGUCCACGAGAUAUUAAGUGUAGCUUUGAAACUGGAUUGCCACAAGAAUCGGAGAAACCACUUGUUGAAGUAGUAAUUCAAGAAUACGGACAUUUACUUGUGGAAGAGGAAGGAGAAUUACUGGUUGACUUAAUGAAGACGGGGAUUGAACACUCAAGAUUUGAGUCGGACGUUGGCUUACCAGAUGAGGGCGUCAAGGCACAAGAUGGGCCUGAAGGGCUUUUGGUUGAAUUUGAAAUAGACAAAGAGCUACAUGAUUCCAACAUAGAUGAUGCUGCUGGAGAGGGCAGUGAGGUGCCAGGAGAUGUAACAGCAGAGGAAGAGGUUGGAUUCGCUGAUGAAACUUUCCUUGAGGUCAAAGAACAGAAGAUGACAGUGACUAGGUUCUUUCAGGAAUUGGUAGAUGCAAUAGACUCGGAGCAAAACAGCAACAUGACUCCUAGUUCACUGGAAGACAUCACUAAAUCUGAACUCCUAAAACAGUUGGCUGAGACUGAGCCUGAAUUACGUGAAGAUGUAGAAAUGCAAGAUGCGGGGAUACAUAUGGAGGAGGAUGCAGCAGAAGAUGAAAAGCAGAACAAAAAUGAGAUGGAGUUUUUACAUCUGCAGGUAGCAGGAAUGGCAGACUCUGAAUCGUAUAGACUAGUUGAGUCACUGCAGACGGAAAUUCAACUAUCAGACAAAGCAUGUGAGAUAAGCAAUGAGGAGGUUUUAACUGAAGCUGCAGGUGAAUCGAAGACAGUCGAGUCCAAACUGAAAGGUUUUACUUCAUCAACAGAAGACGUGGCAAAGCAUGUGACUGAAUCAGAGGGGAGUUGUGCAGAAGAAACUAUUUGCUCAAUUAGUGGCCAUCAGGAUGUUAUCGAUGAAGAAAUCCUUGACUUGUGGCUACAGACAGCGUUGUCGGAGGACGCUGGUGGAAUAAAACACCAAGAAGGGCCAGAGCCUAGACACCAAAUGGAGCCAUCGAAUCAGGAACCAGAUGAAAUAUCAUCAGUGCAGACAGAGAAGGAUAAAGAGCAGCUUUUUGAAUUAAAUUCAAAAGAAUCUGAGUUAGUGAGUGACACAGAAAUGUCUUCAUCAACAGUAGAGUCUGGAUUUUUGGACCAGUCUCUCAGUGAAUGGGGCAUACACAACACUGAAACUCAGCUACUGAAAACAAGUAGCACUGUGUCAUUUCCAGGCCUACAUAACAUGUUGGCUAAUAUGUCUGAAUCAGCAAACAUCCCUGAAUUGUCUCCACAAGAUUUUAACUCUGGAUCUCUAGAUAAAGUCAUGGAGAAAGUAGCUGAGACAGCGCAAUCGUAUCUGAAAGAGGAGGAUUCCAUCCAUGAGAGAGGAUUUCACCCUGAUACAGCAGUUGCGCCACCAGAGGCUAGACAUCUGAAUCAGGAAUCACAAGAAAAAACAGAAGAAGUGGAGACUCAAACUGGAUCACAGAAAGAGGUUGAUGCUGAGGUAACUGAUUGGACAGACACUAAAGAAGCAGAGUUUAAGCCAAUGACAGAAAUGAGCAUGAGAAUGUUCAGAGUUGAGAAGCCAAAAGCAGAAGAUGAGCCUCUUGAGAUAACUUUGUCUGACUCUCUAGAUCAAAUCAAACACACUGAAUCAGGACGACCUAGAAGCAGCUCAGAGUCUUUGUUUGAGGAGGUAAUAGUUUUGACAGACUCUGGUUUACAAGGCGACACCUGGACUGAAUCCAAGAGAAAGUUGCCCUCCCUGGACAAAGCACAGCCUGGAUGGUCAGCAGAUAUUGCUGAAUCAUUUCCUGGGCUGAACAGGAUGGAGGUGGCAGAACAGCCAACAACAGAGUCUAAAGAUCUGAUGGAGGUGGACACUGCUGCACUUGACUUUGCAGCGCAAAAGUCAAGAAUUUCUGUUAAAAACCCUCGUGUAAGGCCACCCAAAGAUCCCCGCUCCCUUCUACAUAAGCCCUCAGUGGAUCCCACACCCUCUUCACAUCUGUCAGCCAAAGUCCUUCCAGGUGUGCCACUGAGAGGCUUGGGCAUUGGAAUCAAACUGCCUGGGCUUGGUGCAGGUUUUCCUGUUUUAAAAAAGACACAACAGGUUGUGAGCAAUGAAUAUAGUCCAGAAACCCUCUCACAGGAGACAAAACCAGAGGAGAAGAGUGACUCUCCCAAACAGGACGAGGCACAACCUAAACCCAAAUGGAUGACACCAAGACAUCCAGGAUUUGGAAAUCCACUUAUGUCCGAGCUGAAGACCAAACUGAAGAAAACCACAAAAGAGUGAUAAGGAAUUUAAUUGUAAUGCUGUGCAUGAUUAUUUGAAUAUAAUAUAGAAAUUGCUUUAUUUUUUGUGUAUUUAUGAAACUGAAUAUGUGGAUGGAAUGUUAAUUGUGUCACUUGUUUGCCCUAUGUUUUGUAAUAAAGCUU